CACAUACACACUAGUACGUUAAUGCGGAGAAUUCUUGGCAAGAGCUGAUGAAAAAUUUGAACUAUUCUGCAUAAAAGAAGUACAUACGUAAUGGACAUGCAGGUGCAGUUGGUUCACGUACAAAAGAAGUAUGUAAUGGACAUGCAGGUGCAGUUGGUUCACGUACAAAAGAAGUAUGUAAUGGACAUGCAGGUGCAGUUGGUUCACGUACAAAAGAAGUACGUAAUGGACAUGCAGGUGCAGUUGGUUCACGUACAAAAGAAGUACGUAAUGGACAUGCAGGUGCAGUUGGUUCACGUACAAAAGAAGUAUGUAAUGGACAUGCAGGUGCAGUUGGUUCACGUACAAAAGAAG